AUGGACAGCAAGCAGCCUCCGCCGUACAGCGAGCAGCCCGGAUUUGUUCCAGCCCAGACCUAUCAGCCGGGAGGCCCCACCCAGCCGCCACUCUACCCACCGAUGCCCCAGCCGCCCCAGACCUCUACGGUGAUCAUUCAGACCACGACAACCUCCAACCUGGUGCCCAUUGGCAGCGGGCCAACCCGCAUCCGAUGUCCCUCCUGCCAUGCCGAAGUUUUGACCACCGUAAAGAGCACUCCCUCUGGUCGGACACAUUGCUGGGCCCUCAUCCUGUGCCUGUUCAUUUGCUGGCCUUGCGUAUGUCUGCCGUAUUGUAUGGAUUCCUGCCAGAAUGCCAACCACUACUGUCCCAACUGUAGCGCCUAUAUUGGAACCUACGAAAACUGACGAAAAUUAAAAUUAAUAUAAUAUAAUAAUAUAAUAAUAAAAUUAAUACACACUA